CUGCGGAGAGCGGGCGGCGGUGGCGGGGCAGCCGCGGGCCCUGCCUGCCGUGGCGCCCCGUCAGCGGAAGGAGGAAGCGCCAUGGCCGAGGACUGGGCCGGCUUCUCGCAGGAGGAGCUGCGGCGCCUGCGGGACCAGCGCCCAGGUUUGUAUGAACCCUCAGAGCAGCAGCGUCGCCCCCACACUGUGAAUAAGAGUCGGAAGCAAUCCCAGCGAGAAAAAGCACUCCAGCAGCAGUGUCAGAAGCUGGGACUGCAGGGUGGAGCAGCCUCUGUUCCUCCUGAGCAGUUACUUUCUGUACCAAAACAGAAGCCUUGUAAUCCUCAGCAGCCUGUGCUGCCACCUCAUCCUCCUUCAGCAGGAGAUCAAAGGCAAAAUGACAACCGAGACCAGCAGAAGGAAGUGACACCGGUCGAUCCCUGUAAUGGCAGUGGCAGCGCCCAGACCCGCCCUGCAAAGCCCAACUCCAAAGUAGAAAAAAAGAAAGUGGAAUUGCAGGAAAAAUCUCGAUGGGAAAUCCUCCAGCAAGAGCAACGGUUGAUAGAAGAGAAGAAUAAACGCAAGAAGGCACUCCUGGCCAAAGCUAUUGCUGAGAGAUCCAAAAGAACUCAAGCUGAAACAGUGAAACUAAAAAGGAUUCAGAAGGAGUUACAAGCUCUGGAUGACAUGGUAUCUGCCGACAUUGGCAUCCUGCGGAACCGCAUUGAUCAGGCCAGCUUGGACUACUCCUAUGCCCGGAAGCGGUAUGAUAAGGCUGAGUCGGAGUAUGUGGCAGCCAAGCUGGACCUCCAACACAAGACAGAGAUUAAGGAGCACCUCACGGAGCACCUGUGCACAAUCAUACAGCAGAAUGAACUUCGCAAGGCCAGGAAGCUGGAGGAGUUAAUGCAGCAGCUGGAAGUGGAGGCAGAUGAGGAAAAUCUGGAACUUGAGAUAGAGGUGGAGCGGAUGCUGCAGCAGCAGGAGGCAGAAGCAGCGAGGCAAGCCAGCCAGUCACACAGUCAUGCUGGGACAGCUAAGGAAAACCCCACUCCCAGUGUUACGGUGCAGGAGAAUGAACACGCUAAUCAUUCUGUUGCUUCUACUGCUGUUUCUGAACAGUUGCUUCAGUCUCAAAACUCUGGUACCAAAUUGCUCUCCAAUAUGGCCAGCCAAACUCAAGCAGUAAAUGUGACUCCAGGAAACCCCCCAGCUUGUUCUGCUACAUGACUUACUAUGUUCAGAUAAGCCAGCUGGUUAUGGUUGGUAUACUCUCUGCAGGCUUGUGUGCUAUAUGUUAUCUGGGCUUCUGCAGUGCCAGUAAUAUGCACUUAAUUUCUCUUUUCCUUUAAUAUGGUUCUCAAAUUUUAAAGGUGCCUUUUUUUUUUUUCCUCAGAAGACUCCCUUUUGGGGUUUACCAUCUGUCAUCAUCAUUCUGGUUUAAGUUCAUCUUCUAAUGCCCAGCUUUUCAUGGGGCUUUAUACCUUCCUGAAACAGGAUACUUGGAAGCAAACAGUAGGGUUCUUCCAAAGGCUUUCAGCAUAUUGCUAUUGUAGAUACCUAUUGCAAACAGUGUGCAGGAGGUACGUAUCUACAGGAGGGAACAUCACACCUUAGAAUGCUCCUGAACACAUUCUGUCGCCUGACAACUGUGUUAGGAUGUUUGUCUUCCUUUGUAUCUGUAAGGGAUCAGUUUUCAAUGUUUUUUAAUUCUGUGAAACCCAAGUGCUUGCUUUAAUUGUCUUCGUAGCUGAUACUCUCUCCUGAUUUAAAGGAAAUUCACAUAUUAAGGCAAAUUGCAAAGUCAGUUGUAAUAUUUCCUGUUUAUCACUUUGCCUAUUUCUUCCAGAUGACACUAGAUCAGAUAAAGCUAUGUAUUGCUAGCAUUAUUAUCUAUGAAAUCACAGCAGCUAUGAUUUAACAAAAAUUAUGGUUUACGGUUUAAGACAUUGUAGAAUGUAUGAUGUAGAAGUAGAAACACACAAAAGAAAGUAUGUUACAAUUAAAGCUGUUCCAUUACAAACAUAUUUCCUCUGUCAUAGUUGCCUCAAAGUUCCAAUAAUUAGCCAGGGAUCUUGAAAUGAAUAAUUCCCACAGGAUAUUGGAAUUGAGCCCAUUUUCGUAUAACAUCCAAUGCAUUUUCUUGCCUGAGGUGCGGGUGUGUACCCCACAAGAAGUUCAGCUGGUUUGCUCUGUUGCCACUGAAAGGCUUUAAAAAGCUAUUCCAGGUGGACAAAGUCUCAGGAAUUAAAAUAGAGGACAUAGGCAAACCUCCCAUAGACUGAUCGCAGCUGCGAACCAUGGGGACUGUAUUCAUAGUUAACUGCUUUGUAACAGAGGAAGGCUGCUUUCAUUGUGGAAAUGGUUUCUGUAAUACCUGACCUGAACAUGUCAGUCAGAGUUUAUGAAUGAAUUACUGAAUGAUGCCAUCAAGUAUAUAAAUGGGACACUGAUUGUCUCUGUGGCUUUAAUAGUGGAAAAACAUGUCACUACAUUUCAUUUUUAUUCUAUUAAUAAAUCAGUGCAUCUUCUACGCAGUGUGUUUACUUUCAGUUGUGAUAUCUGACACACGUAUUCAGGAUUAUUUUUCCACAGGAGCAGAUAAAUGACAGAAUCAGAUAUAUCCUUUGGCAACUUGCCACUGUGUGAAAGUAAAUCCUUGAAAAAGGCCAUUCCAAAAUACAAAAAUGUAUGAAGCAAAGACAUGGGAGGAUAUGGCUUGGCAGGAAUCUUUUCAACUAACUGUGGCCCAAGGCAGCAGUGGAAAAUCUCUACUGAUGAGUCCAAUACAGAGAGAAAGAGGGAUAAAUCUGUUUCCUAGCUGUGCAUAAUCAGGGCUGAUUGAAGUUAGAAAACUCCAAAAUAAUAUUUGAGAUAUGUAUGAAGCACUGCUCUACUGCUGCUCAUACACUGCAUUCCCUGUUACUUUGCAGGAAGAACUGGUUUAAAAGCUGAAAAUUUUACUGUAUUGUGAUAAAAUUGUGACUGACUUCCUUUGCUCUGUCUGCAGUUGCAGAACAGCUUGUAGCAACCUGAUUAUGGCUUUCAAAACUGGAUACCAGUAAGUGCAAUAAUAAUUUAAUUGUACCAUUCUUGUUUCCAUCCUCUGCAGCUGUCCCCAGUUGCUCCUCAAGAGAGUCUAAGUCCUAGUGGAUAGGUCUGUUCCUCGUUACAAUUGUAUUCAGCUCAUCAGGGGACAUACAGAAGAGCAUCUGACAGAAGAGUUGAAUUGUAAUGGUAUUUACAGGAAGCACAUGCAUACAUUUUGCAUAUAAUUUGUGGUUCUCAAGUAGGUUAAAAUGUGGUUAAAAUAGUCCUUCUGAAUGCACCUUGUUAUCACAGGUAAGAUUACUGUUUGAACUCCUCAAACAAAAAAGGCAAAAAUUUGUAAGUCCAAAGUUCUUUUUGAUAACUACUUAAGAAUAGGAGUUUCCUAGAAGGGAGUAAGUUUAUAUCCAACAAAACUACUUAGAAACUGAAAAAUUCUUGUGUGCCAUCCUGACAGUGCUGGUGCUGUUUCUGCCUGAUAGGGAAGAUGCUGUUGUUACAAUCAGCAGUUUCUGCUCUCUUACAAGUCCCUCAUCGAAGUUCGGCCCAGUUCUAUCUGUCUAACUUCUGAGCUUGCAAAAUGAAGUGAACUGGCUGGAAGCCACAUGAAGCAGCCAUGUGAAGUACAAUAGGUAGCCUAACAUUUGGUCGCUCUCUCUAGACAGGGAGUGCAAGAGUUAAAUUGUUUGAUCUGAGUUAUGAAGCCUUUCUCUGACAUGUGAUAUAAACCACUACCAUGGUGUCAGUUCCACUUUGGAAGUUCUCAAAUGUUUUGAUGGGUGCCAGUAUGCCGGUUUAACAUUCCCCCUAUGCCGGAGCCAAGCAGUCCAGUCAUAAUUGUAACAACAUGUGUGCUGGUCAGAAAUGCCAGGAGAUGAUUUUGGUGCAACAAAAGGGUUGCGUUUUUUCCCUUGUUUUAAGGAAAGAGAACAGUUGGAAUUGAGGGUCUUCAAGCAAAAGCCAUUUCUACCUUUGGAGUAGCUGAUACAUCUGACAAUAUUUGUUGCUGUUGUCACUGGAGUGCAUUGAAGGCAGGUGUGCUGUCCACUCAGUUAGAAUGGUGUAUCUCUUCAGAAAAAUUGAAAAAUUAAAAGUUCAGCAUAGAUCAGGAAUGGGUGGGUGCAUUUUUAAGUGAAGGCCUCUUGCAGGUACAGGUAGAAAUCUGAAUGUGGAGUGUGCUGGGGUUGAACACCCACGGCAAGGAAAAUAGUGAUACCUGACAGUAACGCUGCAGGGCUUAUCACAGGAGACUUGCAAUCUCCUGUGGCAAUGUAGCCAUUUCUGUGUUUGGCCACCACAUUACCACUAUGAGAAGUGGAAACCACCGAUGUAUACUGCCGUGAGAAUCUUACAAAGCAUGUUAUAAUUGCCCAUGUUGCAGUUUGGCCAGGAUGUUGA